UGUGUGUAACUAUAAAAGACACACCCCAAAAGAAUGUUGAAAUACAUUAGAUAAGUUCAAAUUCAUUGAAGCACUGAUUUUUCAGAAGAAAAAAAUGGGUGCCAUGAACAACAAAGUUAUCACACUUAUCAGCAUAUUUUUCUUUCUUGCCUUUAUUUCUCAAUGCUAUGGCGAGUGCCAAUUAAGUGGUCUUAAGCUUGAGCAGGAAUCUGAGGGCAAAAUAAAUGGAACGGAAGAGUUUCGAGUUUGGUUAACCACCGAGUGUCCAUGUAAAUUCGCUAAUGUCCUUCUAAGUUGUUCAGGAUUUAAAAGUAAGGAGUCUAUUAACCCUGCAAUUUUGAAAAUUCAGGGAAACACUUGUCUUAUCAACGAUGGUUACCCAGUAACUAUGUACCAUCCUGUUACCUUCACAUAUUCAUGGGCAGACACUCCUUUUCCCUUUCAUGUUGCUACGGCAAAAGUUAUUUGCUAAAAAUCUCUUUGUAUGCGUAUAAUAUGUAAUCAAUAAAAAUUUCGUGCAUUUGAACGAAAUUAAUUUAAGAAAUAGAAGUGAAGUAGUUAGAGAGA